AUGCAAGAUAAGCCCCCGGUGCAGAUCGAUUCCAACAGCAUCAAUGAAGGCAAAGAGGCGCUGGAAGGCUACGUUGUCGAUCCAAGGCUAUAUCCUGACAAUACAGCGGGGCUCAAAACCUCGUCAGAUGGCCGUUACGUGCUCAUUCCUCAGCCGCUGGACACGUCGGAUGAUCCCUUGAACUGGAGCCAGCGUAAGAAAUGGAUGACGGUGUGGAUCAUGGCGUACAUCGCGUUUCUGGCCGACUACACCGGGGGUACGGCCAUCAUCACGGUGAUUCCGCAGUCGAUGCAAUGGGAACUGCCCCAGGCGACGGUUCAACGUGCGGUCGUCGGCAAUCUAUUUACCAUUGGUGCCUGUGGGCUUAUUGUCGUGACCCUGGCCAGCUUCUUUGGCCGCAUGCCUAUCCUUCUGCUGUUCCAGGCCGUCAUGGUUGGGACGUGCGCUUGGUCGGCAGCUGCCACGAGCUUUGAGUCGUACAUGGCGGCGCGCAUCAUCAACGGUCUCUUCUGUAGUGUCGGACAGGGAGGCGCCCUGCUCUGGAUCAAGGAUCUGUUCUUCUUCCACGAGCACCCCCGAGUCAUCAACUAUAUUGAGUUUUUCAUCAUCAUGAGUCCGUAUCUCGGCCCGUUGCUGACCUGCUUCAUCGUGGCCGACGUCUCCUGGCGCUGGGCCUUCUGGCUGUGCACCUGCAUGUCGGCUGUAGCGUUCUUGUUAGUUUUUCUUCUCGAUGAGACGCUGUUCGAGCGCAAGGGCCGUCGGAUCGCUCGUGGAUCGUACGUUGGUCGCCUGACCGGCGCUCAGCAGGCACAGUUCUGGAAAGACCGGAGCUUUCUGCAAUGUCUGAUGCGGCCUCUGGUAGCCAUCACGAAGAUCCCCGUGCUGAUUGUUCUGAUCUACUAUUUCCUGAAUUUCGCCUGGGUGAUUGGAGUCAACACGACGAUCGGGAUCUGGCUGGUAAAUGACUAUGGCUUCUCGACGCGGGGAAUCGGCUACUUUUACUUCUUCGGCAUCGUCGGCGUGAUCAUCGGCUGGUUGAUUGGACAUUACCUCCAUGAUGCCGUAGGUACAUUCUACAUGAACCGCCACCAAGGGCGACUACACCCCGAGGCCCGUCUGAUUAUUGUAUACCCCGCGACUGUGCUCUGUUGCGUCAGUCUGAUUGUGCUGGGGUUUGCCUUUGAGCGCCAUUGGCAUUACAUGACCAUCGCCGUCUUUGCUGCAAUGCAGUGUAGCAGCAUGAUGGUAAUCACCACCGCCAUCAACGCAUAUCUGCUCGACUGCUAUCCGGAAGGGUCCGGGGAGGUUGGCGCAUGGGUGACUGCGAGUCGCAACUGGGGAGGCUUCAUGGCAACGUACAUCCAAAUUGAGUGGGUGAGUGGCAUGGGUCCAGCCAAAGCGCUGGGGAUCCAGGCAGCCAUCACCUUUGGUUCGUUGUCGUUCAUGGUGCUGCUCCAGGUCUUCGGACAGUGGCUGCGCAAGUGGCAGGGACGGAUGCAUUUUGGAAAAGCUGCCAAACCGGUGUGA